GAGGAGACCCCAGGAGCUGAGUGCCCCAUAUAUGAAGAGAUGAUGCACUUUGGCAGAGCGCAGCAGAACCAAAGGCUGGCAGUGGAAGAACUGAUCAAGACAGAGGCCAGUUAUGUCCACACCAUUGAGCUGUGUGUGUUGGAUAUCCGGGCCCACCUCCGGCAAAAGCAGUUGCCUGACAUAGACCUGGAAGGGCUUUUCUCUAACAUAGAUGACAUCCUCCAAGUAUCCAAACGAUUCCUGAAAGGCCUGGAAGCAACUGAGAGCCAGGGGCCUGAGCAGCUGCUUCUGAUCAGUGCCCUAUUCCAAGAAUUCAAGGAGGAGAUGGAAAGUGUCUAUAAUGUUUACUGUGCCAGCUAUGAGCAAGCCCUUGUGCUGGUGGAGAGUCACAGGAAGGACCCAAGGUUGCAGCAGGAGAUUGUGGAGACCCUGAACACAACAGUAUCUCACACUGGUGCUUCAGACCUGAGCUUCUUCCUGGUGAUGCCAGUGCAGAGGGUCACUAAGUACCCGCUGCUGCUGCAGAAGAUCCUGGAGAAUACACCGGCCAGUGACAAAGCUUACUUUGCCCUGCAGAGCGCAGCCAGCAUGAUGCUCGAGAUGAACACCAACAUCAAUGAGUACAAGAGGCGCAAGGAAGUAGCUACCAAAUACAACAAAGUCGAGCAGCUGACACUGCGGGAGCGCAUUGGACGGCUCAACAAACACUCCAUUGCCAAGAAGACCACGCGGCUGAGCCGGUUCUUCAUGCACGAAGCUGGCAUUGUGCCCAAGACAGAGGAUAAAGAGUUUGACUAUCUGGAGGAAAAAUUUCAGUCCCUGGCAUCUUGUGCGGCUGAGCUGAAAGAGAACAUAGCCACUUACCUGGACAACUUACAGGUCUUCCUCCUUUCCAAACCACAUGAGUGUGAGCUUCGCACCAUCUUCCCAGAGUUUAGGAGACGGUUGGACCAGUUGGUCUACCAGCCGCUCUGCAGCCUGUCAGAGACUCUGAAGGGGCCACAACAGCUGAUCAGGAAGCGCCUGGACAAGCUGCUGGACUAUGAGGAGAUCGAGGAGAAGAAGAGUGAGACAGGCAACAUGACAUAUGAUGAGGAGGCCACCAGGAACACCUACCUCGCCAUCAACGCUCUAUUGCUGUCCGAGCUCCCCACAUUCAACCACGUGGCCGUGCAGUGGCUGAAGCAGAUACUGUACUCACUUGUGGCCCUUCAGAGGGACUUGGCCAAGCAGAUGCUCCAAGAGGCAGAAAUAGAGCUGGCCCAGCUGCCACAUAGCCACAUCCCCAUGCCCACUUUCUGGAAGAUGGUCAAGGACACUUUAAGCCAAUCUACUGCUCAGCUUAACUCCUUCUGCCAGAAAUUUGAGAAGGUCACGCCGAGUCCUAUGAUACAGCCUCUUAGCCCUGCUGAGGAGCGCAGGGUCCUUUCACUUGUCAGCAAACAUGGCCCAGAAAAGCUCUACCAGGUGACAAGCAACAUCAGUGGCAGCAAAGAUCUGGACCUGACCCUACAGAGGGGACAGAUUGUGGCUCUCCUGCAUGGUGUGGACACCAAGGGCAACACUAACCGAUGGCUAGUGGAUGCUGGAGGUCACCGAGGGUACGUCCAGGCUGGGAAACUCCAACCAUAUCACUUGGUCCAAAGUCAAAAGCCCAGGAUGCAGAUGCUGGUGCCAGACACUGGGGCUGAGAGAAGACGGCAUUCUUACACCUUACCCGAAGGGCCCAGUCCACAGGUCUUCAUCGCCCCUCCAGCUUUCCAGGUGGUUGCAGGUUAUGCGUUCACAGCCAGGAGCCCCCAGGAGGUCAGUCUUCAGGCAGGGCAGCCCGUGACAGUGCUGGAACCUCAUGAUAAGAAGGGAAGCAAGGAAUGGAGCCUGGUGGAAGUAAACGGACAGCGGGGCUACGUACCUUCCAGUUACCUGAUGAUGGUCCCCACCCAGGAGUCAGGGAGUUGGAGCUUGCCUGCUUGGUCUCUACCAACUCAGCAAACCUAGUGGCAGAAUCAAUUUUUAGGAAUGAGCAGUCCACUCUCCCACCCACCCCGUCUCCUCAAAGAGGCUUGGCAUGCAAUGCUAAGGCUGGAGAAUGAGCUGGCAAGGAAAUGAAGAGGUCACACAGGGCUGAGAAUAGAAAAUACAAAAGCUACGGUCACAGAAUUUUGCACAGGGAACUUUGCAUGCAGAUGAGUGUGUGUGUGCAUGUGUGUGUUAGUCUGAGGGUGCCUCUUGUGUUAUGCAGGAGGGUAUGAGAGUGUGGGGCUGUGUUUGUGUUUGUGCCAUCAGAGCGAUUAGCUAUGACUUUGAAAAGUCAUGGAAGACAGAAGAGAUUCAAGAGGACUGGAAAAGGACAAAUAUAGUGACCAUCUAUAAAAUUGGAAAUAAGGAUAACCUGGGGAAUUACAGACCAGUCAGUUUAACUUCAGUACUCAAAGAUAAUGAAGCACACAAUUAAGCAAUCAAUUUGCAAACACUUAGAAGCUGAUAAAUAAGUCAGCAUGGAUUUGUCAAGAACAAAUUGCAUG